GUGUGGUUUGGCUCAAGCAGGAGUUUUUUCCUGAAAGCACGCUCUAUCUCAGAAGCAGGCCUUCGUCUGCGGACGUAUUCCAUAUUUACAGGGCAGUGAGGAAAUGUCUGACUCUGCCCCCCUUCUGAGCAGCACCAACCAGACCAGCGGAGGAACCUUUGCUCCAGCAGAAGGACUGUCAUCAAUAGAGGCUGCUCGCAGACUCCAACAAGAUGGCCCGAACGAGCUGGACCCUCCUCAGAAAGAGUCCUUCUUUCGAAUCUUGCUGCGGCAGGCGCAAAGUGUGUUUUAUCUUCUCACUCUACUUGCAGCAUUUCUUUCACACAGCUGUGGGGACACACCCAGAGGCAUUUUGCUCGUGGUGGUUGUUUGCACGGUUCUGCUGUUGAACACAUGUGGUGAGCAUACCAGCCAAGAUGCUGGCCAAGCAUUGCGAAGCAUGACGGCACCAACUACGCUUUGCUUACGAGAUGGCCACCCUGUUGAAAUCAAGGCAUCUACGCUAGUUGUGGGAGAUGUGGUGCAACUCCGCACUGGAGACAUCGUGCCGGCAGACAUGGUGCUCUUGGAGUCCAUGGACUUGAAAACCAACGAGUCCAUUCUGACUGGGGAACCCAUGGAUGUAAGCAAGUCUACUUCUGAACCUGCAUCUCCUUCAGCACCUUUCCGCUCCAACAUGGUCUACAGUGCCACAAGCGUGACUGCUGGACAUGGAAAGGCUGAAGUGGUGGACACUGGUAUGAGGAGCCAAGUGGGCCUGAUUGCCAAGCGCUUGCAGGAAUCCAAAGGCUUGAUGGAAAAGAGCCCCUUGAUGGUGUCCGUCAAUAUACUUGGCCAGGCCUUGAGCUGCGUCGUGGUGUGCCUGAUCAUUUCAGCAACGCUUUUGGCGUAUGCCACCAAGUAUGAAGAUCCGGCUCGGCCAUGUCCUCCUGACGACUCCGACUGCUUCUUGCGAACCGGUCUGCUCCGGGCCGUUAUCAUGUCUGUUGCCGUCGUGCCCCAUGGUUUGCCGAUGGUGCUGAUGAUUAUGCUCAGGGUGAGCUCCAUGAAAAUGGCGGAGAGGGGUGGCUUGGUGAUGAAAGUGUCCGCCGUUGACUACAUUUCUGCAACGACUGUUGUUUGCACAGACAAGACUGGAACCUUGACCGAGGGCAGAAUGACAGCAUCGCUGCUUACAGGAAUUUGCAGGGAUGGCGCCGAGGGAGCUGCUGGUGGUACCACAAAACAGUCCGAGCUUUCCUUUUACCCCCUGAAGGGUUUCGCUCCCAACGGUGGCUUGUUUAUCUCCUCUCAACUUCAGGACGAGCAUCGGGCUAGUAUCGAUGCCACGUACGAUGGGACCAAAGUUCGUCAGGACUUCUCUGCACCUGGAUUGCCUGAUGUGGCCAAUUCGGAGAAGGCGGCCACAGCUGGCCUUGAUGGGCUCAUGGCACAGGCACACCUGGCUUGUGCCUUCCUGACCUGCCACAGUACCAGCUUGUGGCAAUCGGAGACCGGUUCUUGGGAAAUUUCUGGCAACAUGACGGAAGGCGCGUUGAAGGUGGCAGCAGCCAAGGCCGGCCUCCAAGAUGCACUCGCUUUGCUUGAACAUGCCCGGCUCCCAGACCUUGAGGUGCCCUUCAGCUCCAGCCGAAAGAUGAUGGCGACGGUCCACCUCCUGCCAGCAAGCCGCCUUGCCAGUCUCAGAUUCCCAGCUUCGUGCACGCACGUUGCGAUCGUGAAGGGUGCACCUGACAAGCUGUUGGACAAGGCAGGCACGCUGGCAAAACUCUCCGCUGGAGCGUUGGAGGUCCCUGGUGAACCGAUUACAGCCACUGAUCGCAACAUGCUCCAACGGCACAAUGAAAAGCUUGCGCAGAAAGCCCUCCGGAGCCUAGCGGUGCUAGUUCGCCCCUUGCAGCCAGCAGACAUGGAAUCCAUGAUUGCAGCAAAGUCUGCAGAUGACAGACUGAGCAUCAUUUUUCGAGAUGCUUCCAUGGCUUGUCCACUGAGCCUGUGGGGGAUCUACGAUCCGCCCCGCACCUCAGUCCCGCCUAGCGUCAAAGCUUGUCAUGAAGCUGGCAUUCGGGUCGUAAUGAUCACUGGUGAUCAGCAGGCAACCGCAGCUUCUAUUGGAACUCAAAUCGGGCUGCUGCAGGAAGAUGAUGAUCCAGACAUUGCAACGGCGGUGUGUUCGGAGCUUCAUGAGGUUCGGAAUCCUGUCCGCCAGAGCCGUCGCUUGUCCCGGCAGGCACAGGAGCUUAUCUCUGCCGGCUUCAGCUCGGGCACUGCAGCCACUGCGCAUCCCAAGGCCAAACAUCGUGGCUCCAGGAGACUUUCUGUUCAUGAUGCCCGCGGGCCUCAAGACAACGAGCCGGAGUUCAAGUCGGAGGAGGAGCUGAUAGAGCUGGUAUCCAGGGUGAAAUGCUUUGCGCGAGCACAGCCGUCAGAUAAGGUGGCGAUAGUAGCAGCCUUGAGAGCUGCUGGCCACGUAGUUGCCAUGACUGGAGAUGGGGUGAAUGAUGCCCCUGCACUGAAGGCGGCAGAUGUUGGUGUUGCCAUGGGGGUCUCAGGCACUGCUGUGACCAAGAAUGCCAGUGACCUGAUUCUGCUGGAUGACAAUUUCUCCACCAUUCAGCUUGCCAUUGAAGAAGGCAGACGAAUUUUCGGGAAUACUCAGAAGUAUGUGAUGGUGAAUCUCAGCAUGAAGUUUGCGGAGACAACAAGCUUGAUGCUAUCGAUUUUCUUUGGUGUGCUCCCAGUGAUCCGCCCCACUCCACAACUCUUCAACAUGAUUCUCACACAUGGUGUGAGUACCCUGUGUCUUGCCUUUGAAGCCGCAGAGGCGUAUACCAUGAAAGUUCCUCCUCGCGAAGUUCAUGGCAGGCUUGUUACGCGCCAUCAGGUGCUGCUGCGGAUGGUGCCGUUCAUCUUGCUUUUCCCUCUGGUGGCUUAUGCCUCCCUCUUGAUGGGGACAUAUGGUGCGGUGGGCUUCGUCGGCAACAAGGCACUGAUUGGCAGCUCCAAGGUGGCAGACAUGACAGAUGGUCUCAGCGCAUGUGAGCUUGCAGGCUGGGAAGAUGAAGAUGGACACUUUGAAGCCGACCUCCGGCCAUUCCACUGCAUGUGCAAAGUCAGCCAGGCGGGAUUGCCCUGGCUGCAAGCUCAGCCUGUGGAACAUUGGGGGACAACACGAAGCGUCACGGGCACUGACCCCACAAAGAACGCCUGGGAGCUCUCUAUUGACAAUGAUGACUGGGAAGGAAAAUCAGAGCACUUGGUCCGACCUUGCCAGAAGAACAACAAGCUGUGGUGCUGGCAGGUUCCUACAUCGGCCCGCCCAGUGCUCCCGGCCGGCUUGAGUUGUGUGGACUAUGGCCUGAGGACAGGCCAAACAAUGGCCUUCGUAACAAUCAUGUUCGGUGAGGUGCUCAGUAUCAUGUGCUUCCGGCGCGAGGAACUUAUCACGAAAGACCUGCUCAGUAACCCAUAUUUCAACUUGACUUUGCUCGGCAACAUUAUGGCUAUGUGCUGUGCGAUAUACGUUCGUCCACUGGCUCGUGUUCUGGAGUUUGUGCCAUUGAAUGCAACCCGGUUUAUUAUUGCAAUGUCAUGCUCGCUAUGGCUGGCCAUUUUCUGCGAGCUAGCGAAGGCAGCUUACCGUGCAAGUCAAACUAGAAGCAGGCAGCUGCAGCAAGAGAGAGCCCUGGCCCUGUCCGGAUGCAGAAGCAUGAGCCGGAAGGAGCACGUGUAGCAGGCAAGCUGUUCCAUUUACACCAAUAAUUGCUGAAAAGGAUGCGCAUCA